AUGACAUGUUUCAAGAAGGCGUCUAAAGCUAUAAUUGCUAAGGUCUGUAAUGCGGGUGAGAGACCAUUGUUAAAUUACGGAGUGUACCUGGGUAGAUCGACAAAGGGUAAAGCGUUUAGCCGUGUCUUCGCGGGAUCGAUCAGUGCCGCUAUCCUGAUAAUUUUCCAUUUCCCCGCAUCCGGUGAUACGGAAAAUGUCGUUCGAAGGCGCCUCAAGCUAGAUGCAUGGAAACUUAGCCGACCGGCCAGCAUCCGAGCUCAAAGCUUACAAGAGAUAUUCAAUACCGACAUAGAAGCUGCUAGCUAA